UAAUUUAAUUUAAAUUAAAUUUAUUUUUCAUUUAAUUGCAUUUCUCUCUUUGCAAAAUGACUUAUUUUCUUCUCCCUCUUCGUUUUCCUGCAAAGGAGAGGGUUGUCAAUCUAGCCGGCUCUCACGUUGCGGUUGAUCAGUUCGCAGAUUCACAAGUCGUUUGUUCCCGGUUCUUCGUUUCGUCGAUUUUGUGUCGCGAUUUACGAAAGCUGACAAAUUUCUGACACCGCACGCGUUGUUUUAGUGCGUACGUAUCGCUCGCAUACGUGUAUAUUUCGUGUUCUGCGGGACUCGCGAAAUCACGACGCAGUCUCCCGACACAUUCUCAUGCUCGUCUAGGCAUCUGUGCAAAUAGAGAUUUCACGUGUGUUUUUCCCGAAUAAGUUCUAAUCAAUCGGACCAAUCGAGGCGCCGAGCACGAGCCGGCUCUCACGUCCCACAACGUGUUCCACAACGGGCUGCGAAUUAAGCGGGAAAGAACAUUACGCAAGAACAUCUGUGCCCACUGCUCGUACUGGAUUCGACAGCUCGUUCUCAUCUCGGUCGUUAUAUGCGCGAGUCACUUUUCGUCUUACGUUUAUUCUUACGUGCUUCUGUUUUCUCUUUCCCGGCGUUUCCGGAGCUCAAAGCAGGACACAGCAUGACGAUAGCGAAAUCCAACGGCGCGGCGACAGAUGGAUCGGCGGACAACAGCGAGAAGAUCGCCGAGAAGAAGAACGCGACUGUAAAGAUGAUAGACGAGGAGGAGGAGGACGAGAUCACCCUGGAGGACUUGGCGCCGGACGGUGGCUGGGGAUGGAUGAUCGCACUGGCGAUGAUACUGAUUAUUGUCACGACGAUCGGCCCGUGGUCGUCGUUCGCCAUCAUCUUCGGCGACUUCCUCGAGGCAUCCGGCAUGGCUGGCACAGCGUCGAGCGUCUCCAAUUCCUUCUUCAUGAUUACAUUCUCCACCUCCAGUAUGAUGACCAAUAUGUUGCUGAAGAGAUACUCCGUGAGGCCCGUCGGAAUUAUGGGAUCGCUCUUCUUCGCGAUAUCGAGCAUCCUCCUGACGUUCAUCCGAAAUGUAUACGAAAUGACCUUCCUCUUCUUUCUGCAAGGUGUUGGAACGGGUCUGAUCAUUACGAUCUGCAACACGGUCUUCAACUCGUACUUUGUGAAGAAACGAGCGAAGGUAAUGAACGUGUCGCAAGUCAUUAUCGCGUUGGGCGGCAUCGUUUAUCCUAUGUUGACCGAGAAGAUGAUGGAAUGGUACGGUUUUCACGGUACUGUCGCAAUCGUGGGAGCAUGGAGUUUGAACAGCAUCGUCGGUAUGACGCUGAUGCAUCCUGUGGAGUGGCACAUGAAGAAACGGGAGGAGGUCCUUGCCGAGAGAGCGCGCGCUAGAGAGGAGAAGGGUCGGGAACAUUGUUUGACAUUGAAUAAUCGCCGAUCGACCAUCGAUGUGAUCCACCUGUCUUCCAAGACCAAGUGGUGCAGUCUACGUAGUUUGAAGGAGGAGGGCGACAAGGAGGUAUCACUGCUGAUCGAGAACCUCAAGACUCCUGCGCACAGGGUUGCGUCGAAUUCAGCGAUCGAGGGCGGGAUCCGCGGCAGGGCGAGAUCGGGGUCUAUGCGGGAAAGUUUAACGAAAGGUAUGUCGACUAUUUCGGCGUCUAGCUUGGUUAAUUUGGCGAGCGGUGCCAGCGCGUUUAGCGACAUAUGGCAACGCCAUCUGGAUAAAAAGGGCAGAGAGCGACAGCCGGAUACGGAUGUUCAAGAAAAGGCGGAGAAACAGGACGAGCUCGGGGAGGAGCAGAAGAAAAAGCAGGGUCAGGAGGAGGAGGAGGAGGAGGAGAAGACAGAGUGCAAGACCAUUUUGCGGCAGCUCCUGGACAUGUCGCUGAUAAAGAACUGGUGUUUCAUGAACUUGUGCUUCGGUGUCAGUUUCGUGUGCACCGCUGACUUCGCCUUCUCGUCUCUGCUGCCGCUCAUGAUGACCGACGCGGGCUACACGAAGACGGAAGCCGCGUUAACCGUCACUCUAAGCGGGAUAACUGAGCUGCUGUCGAGGAUCCUACUGGCCAUCUUCACGCUACUGGUGAACGUACGGUCCAAGUACAUAUUCUUCACCGCUACGAUCCUCAUGCAAUUCGCGAGAAUCGGCUUCCUGCUGUACGAGCACACGUUGACGGGCGCGUUCAUCAUGAUCGCGUUAAUCGGGCUCGUGCGAUCGUGGCUGCUGGUCCCGCAGCCUCUGGUCAUCAUUGAGGACAUUAAUAUAGAGAGGUUCGCUUCAGCUUACGGCAUCAACGCGGUUAUUAGCGGUUUGGUCACGAUAGUAUUCGGCGCCAUAGUAGGAAUCAUCAAGGACUGGACCAACAGCUUCAAAAUGUACCAAAUCUCUCUGUUGGUGAUGAACGGCGCUUUCAUCGUACCUUGGGCCUUCCAAUUCUUCGUCGUGGAUCUUAAGAGACGACGGAAGUAACGUACACCAAAGUAACUCCACCAAAGACUCCUUGUCCCACGUUCACCGGUAAACAGAGGCGAUGAGGCGCGGGAUAUGUUCGGAGUCGAUAGUGAUACGCGCCGAUGCAUACGUUGCUCAACGUGUAAAACGAAUAAAAUAGGACUACGAUAGAAACGAAUCGCAUCUUCGUCCUUUCCCGCAC